UAGUAUAGGAAAUAUAAGCAGUUACCUUCAAAGCAAGCAUGAUUUAUAUGAAAAUCAGAAUAAGACAAUAUCUGAGAUUUUUGAACAGUCAAAAGUUAUUAAAAUGUAUAAGGAAGCACAAAAUCAAGAGAUUCAACAAGCUAUAGCUGA